AUGAUAGUUCUUUUCGCUGUAGUGGAAAUGGGUUGCGAGGAUGCCCAGAGGAUGCAGAGAGGAUACAGCGGACUUUCAACGGAUGAUAACGGACAUGGAACGUUUGUUGCUCAUAUAUGUUAUGUUGCGGGUUUACAUCGUGGAAUAUUCCCGAGACAUAUGGCAGGGAGUCCCGAAGAGGCUGCCUUCAAGCUAGCUGUUGAUCGCGUCGGGAAAACGAUGAGAUCAGCAAUGGAUAAUACCUCAACGUUGUCUGCUGAUAUAAGAUAUAUACAACACAACGAUAGCUUCGAGGCAACACGGGCCGUUUGCGCUCAACUUCAACAUGCAAACGGAAUAGCAGCUGUAAUCGGCCCUACGUCGACAGAUGGCGCUCUUGCCGUGCGAUCAGUGUGUAAAACGGUUGAUGUACCACACGUCGACACACGGAGACAGUUUGGAGGAAUGGAGACAUUAUCGAACACUAUCAGCUUGUAUCCCCAUGCUAGUUACAUUAGUUCAUUGUUGGUUGAUAUAGUGCAACAUUAUAAAUGGCAGAAGGUUACCGUCAUGUAUGAUGAAGACGAAGCUUUAGAAAGACUUCAAGGUGUGUUUAAGUUAUCGUCUAGCGUACACAUGCAACUGAGUGUGGAGAGGAUGCAAGGAUCCAAUCACAAAACUAUCCUAAAGAGAAUAAAGACAUCGGGCUCGAACCAUGUCAUCGUUGAUUGCAAGAGAGAGACGCUUCCCAUUCUGCUUGAACAGAUGCUAGAAUUGCAAAUGCUUCGAAGUUACUAUCAUUAUCUAUUUGUUUCACUGGAUCUUUACCUAAUAAACAUGUCAAGGUAUACUGGUGAUAAGGUUAACCUGACCACACUUCAUAUGCUGAAUCUAUAUGACCAGUACACCGAGGCGUUCAUGGAGGAAUGGAACAAUAUGCAGAUGGGACCUAGGAGUGUUACCAUGACAACCAGGAAUUUCAGCAUCCUCACAACGGAAGCUGCUCUGCUCUACGACGCAGUGCAUGUGGUGGCCCAUGGUCUUCAAGAACUCGGAGAUUCUCGGAAUAUUUCGUUGAGAUCGUUGAGCUGCUUCGGGGAGCAAUCGGAAUGGACCGACGGACUCACGUACUACAAUUUCCUCCAAGGGACGAAUGUCAAUGGUCUGACUGGCCCAAUAACGUUUGACAGAAAUGGCUUCAGGGACAAUCCAAGAUUCUUCAUUUCAGAACUUCAAGAUUCUCAGUCUGUGAUGUUCAAAACGGUUGGUCAAUGGGAUGCGAACGGUCUGAAUAUCUUCCCAGUUGACAUGCAUAUAGAUAAGAACACAACGUUGACCAACAAGACUUUGAUUGUUACAACUAUAUUGGAACCUCCAUACUGCAUGAAGCGGAAGAGUCCUGAUGGUGAACCCCUGGAGGGCAAUGCACGCUUUGAGGGAUUCAUCAUAGAUCUCCUGGACUACAUCUCACAGAGGAUGAACUUCAACUACGUCAUCACUCUGGUUCCUGAUGGCGACUAUGGCUCUGAGGUGGAUGGUCGCUGGAAUGGCAUGGUUGGGGAGUUAGUUGAAAGGCGAGCUGACCUUGCAGCAGCUCCUCUCACAAUCACCUAUGUCAGAGAGAAGGUGAUAGACUUCUCCAAACCCUGGAUGUACCUGGGCGUGACCAUCCUCUUCCGUGUACCUGAACCUCAGAACCCUGGUGUCUUCUCCUUCCUUAACCCACUGUCCCCAGACGUCUGGCUCUACGUCAUCCUGGCAUUCCUCCUGGUCAGCUUCGUACUCUUUGUCCUGGCUCGAUUCAGUCCGUACGAGUGGUACAACUCCCACCCGUGCAACCCAGACUACGACACGGUGGAGAACCAGUUCAACUUCUUCAAUUGUCUCUGGUUCUCGUUCGGUGGUCUCAUGCAGCAGGGAUCCGAGAUCAACCCCAGAGCGUUCUCUACCAGGGUUCUCAGUGGUUUCUGGUGGUUCUUCUCUCUCAUCUUGAUCUCCUCCUACACUGCUAACCUGGCUGCUUUCUUGACGGUCGAGAGGAUGGUGUCACCUAUCCAGACUGCCGAUGAUCUGGCCAAGCAAACAUCGAUUGAGUAUGGCACCAGGAAAGGAGGGUCCACGGAAGAAUUCUUUUCGAGAUCGAAAAUCCCCACUUACAUGAAGAUGUGGGAGUUCAUGAGUUCGAGGCAGCACGUGUUUACGAACACCUACAUGGAUGGUAUUGAGCGCGUUCUCAACAAUAGAAACUAUGCCUACCUCAUGGAGUCUGCCAUGGCCGAUUACGUGGUCUCCCAGCAUUGUAAUAAUUUGACUGCCAUUGGAGGGCUGCUCAACUCAAGAGGUUACGGCAUUGGUACGCCACUCGGUUCUGUUUAUCGAGACGAGAUUACCAAAUCCAUCUUGCAGCUUCAAGAAGAGGACAUCCUCCUUGAGCUGAAGAACAAGUGGUGGAGGACGGACCAGUGCCAUAAGAACACUGGUCAGAGUGACGAAGCCAACUCACUAGGUCUCAAGAACAUUGGAGGAAUCUUCCUGGUUCUGAUCACAGGCCUGGUGUGUGGUCUUAUAGCAGCCUUCGCAGAGUUCAUCUGGAAAUCAAGGCAGAAUGCUUUGAUCGAUAGGAAAUCGUUAUGCGGUGAAAUGAUGUCGGAACUACGCUUCGCGUUCCGCUGCAACAACAAGCGACGGAACAGCAAGCCAGUGAUAGAGCAUAAAUACAUCCCAACUACUACCUACCCUCCAAACAUCAAUGGUAGGCAAUCUAUGCAGAUGGUUGAACCUCUAGCAUGACCCAGAGACUAGAACAAAACAUUUUAUUUAAUGAUUGUUAGUCAUCCAAAUGCUACUCUAGCCAUGGUAGCGAAGAGCUACAAUCUUUAGCUCAGUUUGAUUAAUAGACCACGUUCUAGCGGAAACAACUUGGUUUGAACAUAGACCUCAGAGGUUUGUGGUUCGAAAGAGACGGAUUGUUUUGCUGUUCGUGUACGGAUGCUACAAACGGAGACCACCAGAAAUCUGAAGCAGUUGAGCAUGCUACAUGGAUGCUACUGUCAUCAGCUUCCACGAUAGCUAUGAAUCUUGAUGACUGCACUUUGGAAAAGGAGAUUACAAUCUUGGCCGAAGAAUAUUGCGGUAAUAGCAAUGAACUAGGGUCUCUGUUGUCUUUAGAUUUUGCAAAAGGAAUCAAGAGAGAUGAAAAGUUAUUUUUUAUAUUCAGAGUAGGAAUGAUGAUAGCUUUUUUCGAUUUAAAUUGAGACUAUCUACUCUGCUUGGAAGAGACUGGGUGAUUGAUAUCUAUUCUUUUACAGGACUGAAUAUAAGGAGAUAUUAAUGUGAUUAUGAUGAAACGACGAUUGAUACUGAAUUGUUUAUGACAGACGACGAUACUUGCGUAUUAUGGCAGGUAGAUACAGAAGCAUUCAUUAGAUUCAGAUACAGCUUCUUGUUGGGGUCACCAGGACAUCAAAAGGGCUUUCAGUUGUGCAUUUAGUUUCAGAUGUUACAACCAGGUCCAGUUAAAUCAAAGGCCAGGUGUGAGAGGAUUUGUUCAUCAUCUCGAAAAGAAUACUUCAAAGAACAGGGUGGUGGCUCGGCCAUAGAUGUACAUGUGUACAACCAGUGUGGUUAUGCCUUUCUGUCUGCACUGCAUCACUUACAACACUAUCAAGGAGAAGCGAGCAGGAACAACUACAAUGUGUUCUUAAAGUCACCAUACAAGGCUGUUGUAAAAGAUGGUCCACAAUAAAUCAUGCUUCCAGGAGACCAAGAAUACCAGAAAGACGACUGGGAAGUUUCCUUAUGAUUGCUGGGGUAGGAAGAUACUGCUUAAUAAGCUGUUACAUCUUCCCAGAUUCAAAGUGCUGAGGGAAAUAAAGAUUUAUAUUAAACCCCUUAAAGCGCAAAACUCUUUCAUUUCUAUACAAGAGUCUAGAAGACAUGAUAGGUUUGAAAGAGUGUGAAAUUCUAACAAAGUGUUUUCCAUUACAUGUAUUCAUUGCGUAAUAAGAUUAGUCCUCAAUAUGAUCAGACUUAUACUAAGACUUGCUAUAAAUUAUUGAAAAAAAAUGGCAUUGAAAAGACAUUGCUAAUGGCAUUACUUACUCAUUCUCUGGUUUGCGUACUAGCCAAGAAGAAAACAUAUUGUACCAUUUGCUUGGAACUCUCUCCAUUGUCAAAAUUAUGAAAGGCAAUGAAAUUUGCAAACAUCAAACACUUUCAUCUGGCAAUCUUCAAUGAUUUCAAUUUAAUUGUGAGAAGUCAUCAAAGAAACUAUUUAUUAUUUUAAUGAGAACAUUAGAAAUACAUGUAACCUUUCAAAGGCAAAGGAGUCUGUUUAAAGGAAGAUCUAUUUGAAAGUUGUGUUUCCAAAUACUAAACACAAGAUCAAAAGUAAGUUCCCCCCUUA